AAUUCUAAGUAUGAUUUUUUAACGUUAGAUGAUGAAGAUUACUGUUGAGUGAUUUGGGGAACUCCCUGUUUCCAAAAACAUAUAAGAGAAACCAAAGAAAUACAUAAAAUUCCAAUUCAAUUUCCAUCCCCUGUGGCUGUCUUAAGCCUUAACUUAACCAAUUAAACACACUGCCACUGCCACUGCCACUGCCACUACUUGCAAUUGCCCCUCCUCUGCUUCUGCCUGCGCCUACCAUUUUCUUUGUGUUCUGUUCUUUUGUUUUGGUUUUGAUGGGACGCAAUUCUUGUUGCUUGAAGCCUAAACUCCGCAAAGGCCUCUGGUCCCCUGAGGAAGAUGAGAAGCUCUUCAAUUACAUUACAACUUUCGGCGUCGGCUGCUGGAGCUCCGUUCCGAAGCUCGCCGGGUUGGAGAGGUGUGGGAAAAGUUGCAGGUUGAGAUGGAUAAAUUACUUGAGGCCUGAUUUGAAGAGAGGGAUGUUCUCGCAGCAAGAGGAGGAUCUCAUCAUCAGUCUUCAUCAAGUUCUGGGCAACAGGUGGGCUCAAAUUGCAGCCCAAUUACCAGGAAGAACAGACAAUGAGAUUAAAAACUUUUGGAAUUCGUCUUUAAAGAAGAAGCUGAUGAAGCAAGGAAUCGACCCAGCAACCCACAAGCCAUUGGAGGAGAAUAUGGAAGCCAUGAAUGACCAUAAGAAGAGCUAUACAGAGAAGCAACGAGUGAAAGUGGCUCAUCAUCUCCAGGGGGAUAUUUCCAAUAUCACCAUUUCUUCAGAAGCUUCAUUUCUUACUGAUUCGAAUCAUUAUUACAAGCAAACAGAGGAUUCAGCGCAGCAUUUUGUUAACAAGAUUGAAUUUGACUCUGUCUCCUACAUGGGUGGUGAGUACAAUAAUUCCCAAUUUGCAGCAACUCAAUACCAGCCCAAUACUACCAGAUCAUGCGACCACAACUAUUUCUACUCAAAUUCAAGUUUUGGGUUGCCGAGUUAUUCAAGUUCUGAACAUGGGAACAUGUCAAGAACAGAUUUUUCUGAAAACUCAGCUUCUGGGUUGAGCUCCUUCUUCAUUAACGAGGUGAAGGAGAGCUCCAGCAAUAGUUCGGUGGUGAGUAAUUAUUCUGGGUACCAUGUGAACAAUCCAGGGGAAAAUAAUGGAGGAUUUUCAUGGGAAGGUGAGAAUAAACUCGAGAAUUUGUUUCAGUUUCAGACAAAUGAAGUGAAAAACUUGGAAUUCAAGGGAAGUUCAGGGGAAGAAACCAAGAUUAUUCAAACUCAAAAUAACUCAGCAAGUUUUGGGAGCUAUCCGUUAAUGUCAAUGUCAGAAAAUGUAACAGGAGGAAGUUUUGGCGUCUUCCAUCACAUAUGAACUGUAAAUUAGUAAAUUCUUCCUCCUUGUGGUUAUUUUUAUCCCAAAAAAAGAGGGGGAAAAAAGCAAAUUUCUUUGGCUUCUGUUCUUAUUUUCAGUUUUCUUUUUUUUUUUUUCACUUUGAAGAAAUUAACACCCAGAUUGUUGAUAGUGAAAGAGGGUUUCAUAGACAGGCUUGAAAUGAAGGUAUUUGCUUUUAUCACUUGUCUUCUCCAUCCAGAUUUCAAAAUACACAGCCACUACUUUUUUGUUGUUGA